CGGGGAUGCGGAGCGGCCGGGCCCGGGGCAGAUGAUGGCGAUACGCGAGCUCAAAGUGUGUCUGCUUGGCGAUACUGGGGUUGGGAAAUCGAGCAUCGUUUGUCGGUUUGUCCAGGACCACUUUGAUCAUAAUAUUAGUCCUACUAUUGGAGCAUCCUUCAUGACUAAAACUGUGCCAUGUGGGAAUGAGCUUCAUAAAUUUCUGAUCUGGGACACAGCUGGUCAGGAACGGUUUCAUUCCUUGGCUCCAAUGUACUACCGAGGUUCAGCAGCAGCUGUGAUAGUGUAUGACAUCACCAAACAGGAUUCAUUUCAUACUUUGAAAAAAUGGGUGAAAGAACUAAAAGAACAUGGUCCCGAAAACAUUGUAAUGGCCAUCGCCGGAAACAAAUGUGAUCUUUCUGAUAUCAGGGAGGUUCCUAUGAAGGAUGCCAAAGAAUAUGCAGAAUCUAUAGGUGCAAUUGUCGUUGAAACCAGUGCAAAGAAUGCUGUUAACAUUGAAGAACUUUUUCAAGGAAUAAGUCAGCAAAUCCCACCCUUAGAUCCUCAUGAAAACAGUAACAAUGGAGCAAUCAAACUUGGAAGGCAGACUUCACAGAUGGGUAGGCGGUGCUGCUGACCCAACUUGAUCUUUUCAGAUUUACUUGAAAAACAGCACCAUUUGCCUUUUUUUUUUUUUUCAAUGAGAAAGGACUUCGUGAUCUCAGUGACGUGGCUCCUUAUCUUGAAAGCAGUAAUUUCAAUACUUCCCAUGAGCAAUAACACAAGGACCAGAAGCAGAAGGUUUUACUUCAAAGGGAUUUUGCAAAACCCAGUUGGAAAAUCCUCUCUAAUAUCCUGUCAAAAUGACAAUGUCAAAGUACUCUGAUUCUCUGUUUAAACUAGCGACUGUUGUUUUUUUUUUUUUAAUAAAAAGAUCAGUUCAUAUAUAUAAUUUAGGUUUGCUGCAAAAAUCUAUCUUACAUUUGCAAAGUGGACUUGGCAUGUUUCUAGAGUUUUCUCUGUAAUAAUAGGGUGAAAAAACCCCAUAAAACCUGAGUUUUGGCUUACAGUUUCUCUGCCAUCUUUUUAUCUGAACUCUGCUUCACAAGUUUUCUAAAUCUGCAGCUUCACCUCCUACUUUCAGUAAACAUCAGCAAGAAGGGGACUGAAUUUGCUAACUGAAGAAAAAAAUGGAUCCAAGGGAUGAGUGAAUGCAGUUUUUUAUGGACUGGAAGUCAAAAUCUGUGUCAGGAAGUGCUGUGUAUGUGGAAGAAGGAGUUGUCAUGAAGGAAACUGCUGGACUCCAUAUAGUUCCAGUGUGCUCCAGAAAGAAGUGAAAAUGCAGCCACUGUAUAGACUGGAAUGAUUCUCUGUGCAGGGUGUGGGUUUCAGUAAUUGCUGAAAAUGUAAAAAGAGCAUAAGUACAUGCUUGAUCUCCACUGCUUACCGGGGUUCCUCCAAAUCUGUUCCCCAGACCAAAGCUAUCUGUGCUCAAAGUUGCAUAUUCCUUGGUUUCUAAAAGAGGGUGCCACAGUGCCCCACUCCUCACAGUCUCACUGCUGUGCUCCAAGAGGUCUUUGAGUUCAGAGAAUGAUAUUUCUGUACAAAAAAACGCACAAGAUAGCACAAUAUAAUUUGGACUUAGAGGCUGGAAUCUAAAAAAAAAA